CUUGUAGUAACGACCCGCACAUGAUUGGCUCCUCACCCCGCUACCUAGGAUUCCACUGCAACACCUAUUAUAAUUCACCUACAACACAACGUACAAAGCCAACUCACUUCAUUCCAUAAUUCAAUCACUGUUUCCGUUUCGCUCCGUCUACUCGAUACCCCACUCUUCAAGUCCUAUCCACCCCGCUAAAACCCCACCACUCUUCUAAUCCGCCAUCUCCCCCGAGCUCCGCAUUCCUCCGCCACGCGCAACCCGACAGCAAUGGCAUCGUCCGCCUCAAAACGUCUGUUCAAAGAAUAUAGAGGCUUGUCCUCGGAUCCCCCAGAAGGCAUCACAGCGGGCCCCAUAAGCGAGGAUGAUAUGUUUCUGUGGGAAGCGCUGAUCCAGGGUCCCGAAGGCACGCCCUUCGAGGGUGGUGUUUUCCCCGCUGAGCUCAAAUUCCCCAAAGAUUACCCUCUCGCACCGCCGAAGAUGAAGUUUCUGGUCGAUGUGUGGCAUCCGAAUGUUUAUACCAACGGCGAAGUUUGCAUAUCGAUUUUACAUCCUCCCGGCGACGAUCCACAUCACUAUGAGCAAGCAUCUGAGCGCUGGUCGCCGAUUCAGAGCGUGGAGAAGAUAUUGAUCAGCGUAAUGAGCAUGCUAGCCGAGCCGAACGACGAGAGCCCGGCCAAUGUUGACGCAGCGCGCAUGUGGAGGGAGAAAAGAGGGACAUAUGAGGAAAUUGUCAGGACGAACGUACGGAAGAGCUUGGGGCUAUGA